GACUUGCGGCCCGCCACCUGGGCAGCGAGUCCGGAGCACGAGUGGUGCCCUCCCGGACACGGGGACCUCUAUCCGGCCAUGGUGGGCAGCGGGACCCUGGACCGGCUGCUGAUGCAGGGAAUCAAGUACAUGUUCGUCUCCAACUCCGACAACCUCGGAGCCACCUUGGACCUGAAGCUGCUGACCUACUUCGCCGGCAGCAAGGCGCCCUUCAUGAUGGAGGUGGCCACCCGAACGGAUGCUGACAAGAAGGGCGGGCACCUGGCCAAGGACAAGAAGACCGGAGGCUUGCUCCUGAGGGAGACCGCGCAGUGCCCGGAGGAGGAUGAGAAGGAGUUCCAAAAUGUGGGCAAGUACAAGUUUUUCAAUACCAACAACCUUUGGGUGGACUUGGAAGCCUUGGCCGACCAGUUCCGAAAGAGCGGCGGCGCGCUUCAGCUGCCGGUCAUGAAGAACAGCAAGACCGUAGACCCUCGUGACAAGAAGUCGACGAAGGUUCUGCAGCUGGAAACCGCAAUGGGUGCUGCCAUCUCCUGCUUCCCGGGUGCCACCGCGGUGGUGAUCCCUCGUUCCCGCUUUGCUCCAGUGAAGACGACGAACGACCUGCUCGCUCUUAGAUCCGACGCCUACUUGCUGACGCCGGACUCCCGCAUCGAGCUGGAUCCCAAGAGGAGCGGCCUGCCUCCCAACGUGAAGCUUGAUGGCUCCUACAAGUUUGUUGAUGCCAUGGAUGGCAUGAUUCCCAACGGACCACCAUCCCUCAUUGACUGCAAGAAGCUGGUCAUUGAGGGUCCCAUCGUGUUCUCGCCCGGUGUUACGAUCGUUGGAGAAGUCACGAUCAAGAAUGCCAGCAGCGAGAAGAAAGCGGUGGCGCCGGGCGUCUAUACAGACACCACCCUGGUUCUUUAA